AUGGCUUCCAACCAAGGGGCGAGAAGCGGCUGGUCGAUGCCGGACACCUUUGGCGGCGGCCGACGCCCAAAGUCCAGAUCGACCAUCUCAGGCUACCUGGCCUCUCGAUUUUCGACGCUGAAGCCGCCCAUGGACAAAGUCAUCAACCCAAUCACAGCCAUGAAGAUGCUCAACCGCGAGCAAUGGACCUUCUUUCUCCGAGACCUGCAGUGCGCGUGGUUCGGCUGGAUCUUGGACUCGUUUGACUUCUUCACAGUCAGCUUGACGCUGACUCCAUUGGCCAAUUACUUCGACAAGUCUAAUUCGGAAAUCACCUGGGGGAUUGCUCUCGUCCUCAUGCUCCGGCCGGUGGGCUCCGUCAUCUUCGGCGUUUGGUCCGACCGCUGGGGUCGCAAGUGGCCCUUUGUCCUCAACUGUCUGCUCUUCAUCGUCCUUGAGCUCGGAACCGGCUUUUGCAAAACCUACAACCAGUUUCUGGCCGCCCGAGCCUUGUUUGGCAUUGCCAUGGGCGGCCUGUACGGCAACGCCGCCGCAACUGCCCUGGAAGACUGUCCAGACGCAGCCCGAGGCAUCAUGUCAGGGCUGUACCAGGGAGGCUAUCCGCUGGGCUAUCUUCUCGCGACCGCGUUUGCGAGGGCAUUGGUGAACACCACCAGGCACGGCUGGAGACCCCUGUUCUGGUUCAGUGCCGGCCCGCCCGUCCUACUCAUCAUCUGGAGACUGUGUCUUCCAGAGACCCGAGCCUUCCGCGAGCGCCAGUUGCUGCGUCGGUCCGCGCCGGCCGCCAAGACCAAUUUCCUCGAUCAGGCCGGGAAAUCCGUCAAGAACUACUGGCUCACCCUCAUCUACAUGAUUGUGCUCAUGGCCGGGUUUACUUACAUGUCACACGGGUCUCAGGACCUCUACCCGACGCUGCUCACCGACCAGUUCGAGUUUAGCGAGAACCAAGUGACGAUUACGCAAGUCGUCGGCAACCUCGGAGGCUUCAUCGGAGCCGUGUGCGUCGGGAACCUGUCCGAGAUAUUUGGUCGGCGGUUGACCAUCAUCGCCUCUUGUCUGCUGGCAGGGGCCUUGCUGUAUCCGUACACGUUUGUGUCGACGCCAGCCAUCACGGCCGUCGCCUUCUUUGUGCAGUUUGCCACGCAGGGCGCGUUUGGCGUGAUACCGAGCCACCUCCUGGAACUGUCGCCGCCCGAAUUCCGAUCACUCGUGGUCGGCACGGCGUAUCAGCUGGGAAGUCUAGCAUCAAGCGCGUCGGCGACGAUACAGUCGUCGAUUGGAGAAAAGCACUUUCCACUUUCUCCGGGGCCCAACGGCAAGAAGCGGUACAACUACGGCAUCGUCAUCUGUGCCGUCCUCGGGGCGGCCAUUGUGCUUGUCAUUGUUACUGUGUUUUUGGGACCGGAGAAGAAGGGAAAGCAGUUCUCCACGGCGACGAGGCUGGAAGAGCCUGAGCAGUCGCCCAAGAGCGAGAGCAUGCUGGAUCAGAAAGAGGCUGUUUGA